AUGGUAUUUCAAGAUGAAACAAUGAUGCUUGUUGAACCAAUAGAUUCUACAAAAAAUUCUUGUUCAGAACCAAAAACAUCAUCAUCAUCUCCAAUUCAACAAUGUUUUCAUUCAUCAUGUUCACAAUGUGAUGUAAAUUAUUUAAAAACAAUUAAAUCUGAAAUAAAACAAUUAACACAUGAAACAGAAUUAUUUAAAUAUCCAUCUGUAGAUAUAACAAAUACAUCUUCUUAUAUACCAUUUGAAAAUCAACGUUUACGUUUUUAUACAAUAAUUGAUGAAUGGAAAACAGAUCGUGUUGAACAUAUCGCAUUUAUUUAUCAAAAGAAAAAAAAUCAAAUUGAUUUAAUAUGCUCUCAAGUUUUUCAUGAAUUUGAAAUAUUUAAAAUUGAACAAAGAAAUUUUUUAAAUAAAAAUCUUUUACAUCAUAAUAAAACUCAGAAUAUUCAUCAAACAUUUAUAUCAAAUGAAAUUGAAGAAUUAAAUCAAAAAUUAUCUUUGACACGUCAUUUACUUGAUUAUUUUAUUCAACCAAAAUUAAAUAAUCAAAGCACUUUUUCCGAUCAAGAUAAUAAUGAUAAUAAUAAUGAUGAUGAUGAUGAAUAUGUCAAUUAUGAACAAGUAUUUAAACAAAAACCAAUGUAUGAAUAUUCUUUAUUAACUGAUAAUCUUGCAAUGGCAUGUUCAAAUUCUCAUAUAUUAUUACGUGAUGGUGCACAUUUAUUAUUAUAUAAUGAAAAAGGAAAAAUUCAUCAAUUAGAAAUAAAAGUACAACAUCCAGGUGAUUUUAUUCGAGAUAUAUGUUGGUGUGAAACACUUGGAUAUUAUCUUGUUUUAACUCAAUAUCUUUUAUUUAUAUAUAAUCCUGAAAAAUAUUCUUUAACUAUGAUUGAUAAAGUUAAACCAAUUGAUCGAAAGAAAUUUUCUUCAAUUACAUGUUCAGAUAAUAUUAUGUUUUUAGUUAAUAAAAAUGGAGAAUGUAUUGAACGAUGGUCUAUUGCAAAAAGUUUUAAUUGGAAAUUAAUUAAACGUUGGUCAGCAGAAGAAUUUUGUGGUGAAAAUUUUCGUUUAACAGCACGUAUUCGUGCUAAUCAUUUAAUGUUAGCAAUAAAUAUAUGUGAUCUAAAUUUUGGUUAUCGCAUAUGUUUAUAUGAUUAUCAUAUGAGAUUAAUUCGAAGAAUUAAUUCGGAUUAUAAUCUUCAUCUAUUAUCUUAUAUGAAUGGAAAUCAAUGGAUAGCAACGGAUUAUAAAGAACGUUUUUAUAUAUUUAAUGAUGAUGAUGAAACAAUAAAAACAGUUAUUGAUUAUAAUGGUAAAGAUGAUUUAAUAAGAAAUAUUUGUCGAUUAAAUUCAAAUUAUAUAGCUGUGAAAAUGAAGAAUCGUUUACAAAUUUAUAAAAUAAAUUAUGAUUAA